AUGUCGAUCGAGUCGAAAGACCGAUAUGCAUGUUGGGUCUGCAAUCGAGCUCAUGAACGCCAAGACGAGUGUGGAGAUAGCUCAAACAGCGGCGAGGACUCUGACAACAACGAAUGCGUGAUGAUGCGCAGGCGCAUGGUGGAGAUGGAGGAGGAGAUUCGCGAGCUGACUGGACACCAAGGUGCUGCGAGCUCCGUCUCUCAGCAGCCUGCCGCUUGCGAGGCCAGCCAGCGCAAGCCAUCUGCCAGGGUGUCUCCGGAGCCUCCAACUGUGGCAGAGUCACCCUUGAGCCCAUCCUCCACUUUGCGGCCCUCCCGAGAGCGCAUGCCAACCCCAUGGGCCGAGGCUUCCGUCCUAGCGGAGGCUUCUGUUCAGUUCUCAGAAUCCGUCACAGCGGUCACCUCGCUGGAAGUUCCGGAGAAUGUCCCAGAGGUGGGCAACAGGUCAGUGCGGGACCGAAUCGCGACGCCGUACAUGGCGGCCAUGGGCUCCUCUGAGGAUCGACGAGUUCUGCUUGCGCCAGCACUGUCGACAGUUGAGGAGUUUGAAGCGCAGAGCUCCAGAGAGCAACUUCGGUCAAGCCGAGACAGGAUGCCAACGCCUCACGUGAGCUCAGAAGUGAUCCAGGAGACCUUCUCUUCAGGGAAGACAGUUCGGAUCUUCCCUGCUGUCGACAUGGAGGCCAUUCCAGCCUCUGGCCGGCGACGGCCAAGCCGCGAAAGACAAGCCACUCCUUUCGUCAAGGAGGAGGACAUGCCUCCCAAUGAUGCGCGGACCGUCCAGUUCAGCGGUGCAGUGAGCACCGAGGCCAUUCCAGCCUCUGGCAGAAGACGGCCCAGCCGCGACAGACAAGCUACCCCAGAUGUCUUGGAGGGGGACGUGCCGCCCAACGAUGCGCUGACUGUCCAGUUCAGUGGUGCAGUGAGUACCGAGGCCAUUCCAGUUUCUGGCAGAAGACGGCCAAGCCGUGAAAGACAAGCCACCCCUUUCGUCAAGGAGGGGGACGUGCCGCCCAACGAUGCGCGGACUGUCCAGUUCAGUGGUGCAGUGAGUACCGAGGCCAUUCCAGUUUCUGGCAGAAGACGGCCAAGCCGUGAAAGACAAGCUACUCCUUUCGUCAAGGAGGAUGCCUUGCCUCCUGAUGCACGACGCGUGCAGUUCAACAGUGCAGCGAGGUCAGAGGCCUCGGCGGCCUCGGCCGCCUCGGUUCAGUUCUCCGACGCUGUUUCAACCAUAGAAAACCCAGCGCCGGAGCUGCCCGAGGAUGUGCCAGAGGUUGGUAGUCGGCCAGUCCGCGACCACAUCACCACACCCUACGCGUCAGCAGCGGCUGCCUUGUCUGAGGACCGGCGAGUGCUGCUUGCACCGGUGGUGUCGACAGUCGAGGAGUUUGAAGUACAAGGCAAUGAGACGCUCCGAUCGAGCAGAGACAGGAUGCCAACUCCCCACGUUGGUGCCGAGAUCAUUGAGGAGACCUUCGCAGACACGGCAAAAACUGUUCGGAUAUUUCCUGCGGCAGAUAUCGAGGCCAUUCCUGCUUCAGGGCGGAGACGCCCCAGUCGAGAAAGAGAGGUCACUCCUUUCAUCAAGGAAGCGGUUGCCGAUGAAUCCCGGGUCCAGUUCAACGAUGCGGUCAGCACUGAGGCCAUUCCUGCUUCAGGGCAGAGACGCCCGAGUCGAGAGAGAGAGGUCACUCCCUUCAUCAAGGAGGCUGCUGCCAAUGAAGCCCAGGUCCAGUUCAAUGAUACGGUCAGCACUGAGGCCAUGAAGUCUGCAACUAGGCAAUGGAUGCGCCAUAUGGACGCUGCGCACGUCGAAAGGAAGUUACAGAGUAUGGAUGAAGAGAACAAAUGCCAACGAGGUUGCGGCCUGCUUGCCAGGCCAUUCCUGCUUCAGGGCAGAGUCGCCCGAGAAGCGGUUGCCGACGAAGCCCGGGUCCAGUUCAACGAUGCGGUCAGCACUGAGGCCAGGGGUCAACUUGAGGCUGCUGCCAAUGAAGCCCAGGUCCAGUUCAAUGAUACGGUCAGCACUGAGGCCAUGAAGUCUGCAACUAGGCAAUGGAUGCGCCAUAUGGACGCUGCGCACGUCGAAAGGAAGUUACAGAGUAUGGAUGAAGAGAACAAAUGCCAACGAGGUUGCGGCCUGCUUGCCAGGCCAUUCCUGCUUCAGGGCAGAGUCGCCCGAGAAGCGGUUGCCGACGAAGCCCGGGUCCAGUUCAACGAUGCGGUCAGCACUGAGGCCAUUCCUGCUUCAGGGCAGAGACGCCCGAGUCGAGAGAGAGAGGUCACUCCCUUCAUCAAGGAGGCUGCUGCCAAUGAAGCCCAGGUCCAGUUCAAUGAUACGGUCAGCACUGAGGCCAUGAAGUCUGAGGCUGAUGCCGACGAAGCCCGGGUCCAGUUCAACGAUACGGUCAGCACCGAGGCCAUUGGUCAAGCUGGCCUCGGCAAGACCGUCGAACAACUCGCCAAGUACGCCGUGAACAUAACAGAUGCGUUGUGCGACGCUGUUCAGCCCGUCUCAGAAGCCUGGCCGGCUCGCUUUGGCUGUCUCGAUCUGCUUCGGAACAUGAUCCAGGGCUUUACUUUUCUGGAUCUCCGCGACAGAGGUUGGUUUGAGAUCGACUCGCGAUCGACUUGCGACACCAUUUACCCCAUCGAUCGCAAGGUGCUGUUCGCACCGGUCUUGCCCGUUGUUGAGGCUCGGGAUGCUCAUGACGAAUAUGCACCUUCGCUUGUGUACACAUGUCUAAGCAUCGUGUUCAUUUGCAUGUCAAUCAGUUUCGAUGCAUUGGCGACGAGUUCGAACCGGGAGGAUCUGAGAAAAGGCUUCGGUCAAGUCGAGACAGGAGGCAUCGCCGUUGUGCACCGUGCAGAGCUCAAGAAACGGAUGACAAUGCGGCGCUGCGGCACGAAGGAUGUCUGCGAAAAUGAUGGUAAGACCGUUCGUGUCUUUCCAGUUGCCGACGCAGAGGCCAUUCCGAUUUCCGGCCAACGCCGCCCGAGCCGAGAUCGCCAGGCAACUCCUUUCUUCAAGGAGCUCCGGAUCAGACUGCCGAAAUCUGAGGAGGACCUGCCAGAGGUGCAGACUGUCCAGUUUAAUGAAGCGGUCACCGAGGCUUCAACGGGAUCGGGUUGGACGGUUUUCAUUUUGCAGCUGUCCAGUACACGUGACUUGGCGGCUUUGUGCUGCCUGUGGGAUUGA